AUGCGGUCUGAUUAUGAAGCAUUUGGGGAUUUAUUGAUUCAUGAUACAACAUAUCGUACUAAUAAAUACGAUAUGAUAUGUGGUCCUUUUGUUGGAAUGAAUCUCCACACUCAAAAUAUCAUGUUUGGAGUUGGGUUUCUUUUGAAUGAGAAGUCAGGUUCUUUUGAGUGGCUUUUUAAUUCUUUUUUGAUAUCUUUGGGUGGGAAGCAACCGGUUAGUAUCAUGACGGAUCAGAGUUCUGCCAUGGACAAGGCUAUAAGGGAAGUGUUUCCUAAAUCAAGGCAUCGGUUAUGUACAUGGCAUAUAGAAGAAAAUGAUAUUGUAAACAUCAAAGGUGUUAUGGCUAAGGAUGGUUUCAAACGUAGAUUUGAUUAUGUUUUGAAAUAUACUGACACAAUUGUCGAGUUUCAGCAUUAUUGGAAUAGUCUUAUGACUGAUUACAAUUGCAAGACACACAAAUGGAUAGAGAGGUUAUAUGAUUUGAAAGAGAAAUGGUGUCCUGCAUAUAACAAAGAGUGGUUUUCUGGGGGUAUUUUAUCUUCUCAAAGGAGUGAGACGACAAAUCAUUCUAUUUCUAGGAGGUUGCAUAAAACGAAUGGUUUAUGUGAUUUUUAUAAGUGUUUUUUAGAUGUAAUUGAUGAAUGGAGAAGUAAGGAGAACAAGGGAGAUUAUAAUUCUUCUACUGGAAAUAGAUAUUACGCAUGUGCGGAUAACAUGUUAUGUUUGCAUGCGCGGGAUGUGUAUACCAUUGCAAUAUAUUUGAUAUUUGAGCAACGAUUCAUCAAAGCAAUUGGUUUGAGGUGUCAACGCAUUUCCUAUGAGUUUCCAGUUUCUAAGUACAUUGUUGGGCAUCCUACAAAGGAUUUUAUUAGACAUGUUGUGAAGUUUAAUGAGCAAGAGAUGGUUGUUGAUUGUACUUGCAAGUCAUAUGGAGAGAUAGGAGUUCUUUGUUCUCAUAUUCUUCGAGUUUUCAUUGUUCAUAAUGUUGAAGAGAUUCCCAAACAAUACAUUAUGAAGAGAUGGACCAAAGAGGCUAUGAACACGAUUGUUGAAGAAGGAGAAGAUAAAGAUAAUGAAGUAAGUGUUGUUUCUGCUUCAGUUUGGAGGAUGCAAAGCAUAAGAAAUUGCAUUAAAGUUAUAAAUGAAGCUCAACAUUGUCCGGCUGCAAGGAAGCUUAUUGAUUUGGGUGUGUUGGAUAUGUCAUGCAAAGUAAAGGAGUAUAUUGGUGGUGUUGAAGAGGAUGGUAAUGUAUCAAACUGA